UCAAUGAUGGGGCGCCAGGGCAAUGGUUCCCUGUCCUACAACGACACCGAUCCGUUUGGAAGAAACGAAGAAGUCGCGAAAAUCGAGAUAACUGUCCUCAGUAUAACGUUCGUUGUGGCGGUGAUUGGCAACAUUAGCGUUUUGGUGGCAAUGUACAACACCAAGAAAAAAACCUCCCGGAUGCAUCUUUUCAUCAAACACCUAAGCCUAGCUGACUUAGUCGUUGCCUUUUUUCAAGUCUUACCUCAGUUGUGCUGGGAGAUUACCUUCCGAUUUUACGGACCGGAUUUUCUCUGCAGGAUAGUGAAACACUUACAAGUGAUGGGCAUGUUCGCCUCCACUUACAUGAUGGUUAUGAUGACCCUGGACCGCUAUAUUGCCAUCUGUCACCCGCUAAAGACCCUCCAGCAGCCUAGUCGGCGAUCUUACAAUAUGAUCGUGAGCACCUGGGUUAGCAGCCUGAUCCUGAGCACGCCGCAGUACUUCAUCUUCUCCCUGAGUGAAAUCAAGAACGGCUCCGACGUCUACGACUGUUGGGCUCACUUCAUAGAACCGUGGGGUGUCCGCGCUUACAUUACCUGGAUUACCGUCGGUAUCUUUCUUAUCCCUGUCAUUAUCCUGAUGAUAUGCUACGGGUUCAUCUGUCACAGCAUCUGGAAGAACAUCAAAUAUAAGACGAAAAAUUCGGCGUCGGGGGGCACCUGUAAAAACGGGCUUAUUGGCAAGAACUCAGUGAGCAGUGUGACAACUAUAUCCCGCGCCAAGCUGCGGACAGUUAAAAUGACUUUUGUGAUUGUUUUGGCAUACAUCGUAUGCUGGGCACCCUUUUUCACCGUGCAGAUGUGGUCGGUUUGGGACAAGAACUUUCUAUGGCACGACUCAGAAAACACUGCGGUCACAGUUUCCGCGCUCCUGGCGAGUCUCAACAGCUGCUGCAACCCGUGGAUAUACAUGAUUUUCAGCGGUCACCUUCUGCAUGACUUCGUGCACUGCUUUCCGUGCUCUCAGAAAAUACGGCAAAAAUUCAAAAAGGAGGAUUCGGACAGUAGCCUCAGAAGAACCACGCUGUUGACAAAAAUGACCAACCAGAGUCCGACAGGUAGUUCGGGCAACUGGAGAGACGUUGACAACACGCCAAAAUCUAGCACGUCAACGGCAGUGGACGCGUAG